GGGUUAUAAGUUACCACAUCCCAGUGAAAGAGUCGCUUGUCAGUGGUUGCUGGAGGAUUCCUCUUUUGUAAUCUGUGCAUCACGUGAGAGCUACAUCUUUUAAGUAUAUUGGAUAAAACAAGAAAAGCGUUAACUGGAACUUCUAGGUGUCACUGCUGUUCUGAAAUAACAAGUUAAGUACUAAUGCAUGUUAGCAGGACUUCUCACCAUCAGCAGGAUGUUACUGGAAGAACGAAGCAGACAAGCAGAGGUGUUCUCUCAGACCAGCUGUGGGGGCUGCAGGUACUCAGAGACGCACCAUGGCUGCAUGCUGCAGCUCCCUGCAGUGCUGCCACACAGACGUGAGGAUCCAAGGCUGCCACUUCACUUUGUGUUCACAUCUUCGGCGGCGAGUGUUCCCUGCGCUGCUGCUGCUGCAGAGAAGCCCUGCCGGCCCCGGCAGCCCCGCGUGCGUCGCACCUUCUCGCUGGACACCAUCGUGGGCUCCUACCUGCUGGGGCAGUGGCCACGGGAUGCUGAUGGAGCUUCUGCCUCGUGCAUGAAUGACAAAGCUACCCAGACCCCGGUGUCCUGGCAUGAUGCAGAAGUGGGAAAAGCCAGCUCCAGUGCUCACAAGCGUUCUGCUUCCUGGGGUAGCACAGAUCACCGCAGAGAGAUUGCCAAACUGAAGCAGCAGCUCCAGCGAACGAAGCUGAACGGCAGAAGUGGCAAAGAAAAGGAGAAGAGCUCCCCGCUGCAGGGGGACCACGCCGUGCUUGGAUCGCUGCGGGACUCUCCUUCAGGCUUCCUUUCUCUGUCUCCCGUUUUGAGGCUCAGUCCUUGCUUGCACAGGAGCCUGGAAGGGCUAAACCAGGAACUAGAGGAAGUGUUUGUGAAGGAGCAUGGAGAUGAAGAGCUUUUGAGGAUCUUGGAUGUCCCAGAUGGCCACAGAGCACCAGCACCUGCUCCGAGAGGCUCUGGGGAUGCCUCCCUGAUGCUGGAGCCCAGCAGUGGCAGCUGCAGCAGCCUCUCGCUUUCUCCUUCCCCUUCUGUGCCUCUCCGCCUUUCUCCACACACUCCAGUGAGAUUGGUGGCAGAAGAACUCUCCUCUGCUGUGGAUGAGAUGCAGCUGGAUCCAAAAGAGAAAGAGGAGGGCAGCCCUUCUCCAGUCCUGGCUUUCGCUUCCUCUCCUCGGCCCAACCACAGCUACAUGUUCAAACGGGAGCCUCCUGAGGGAUGUGAGAAGGUCCGGGCCUUUGAAGAAGCUUCCUCCAGCCCUGACCACACCUUUCAGCCUUCCUGCCCGGAUAAGAACAAAGUGCACUUCAACCCCACGGGCUCUGCCUUCUGCCCGGUCAGCCUGGUGAAGCCUCUCUUCCCAAACGUGGGCUUUCUCUUUAGCAGGGGCUUUCCAGCAUCAUCCAGCCCUGGCACGGGCACGUUUACAUCCUGCCAGCCCUCGGCCCCCACGCCAUUCCUUGGGGCACGGAAGGACGCUGCUGUAGAUAACUUCAGCGACGCCUCCAAGUCGCCUUCACUCAAUUAUGAACACUGGAAACGUGGGCAGCCAGAGGAGAACGUCGUCUUCCACAGCUCCCUCGUUGUGUGAAGCCUUUGGGAAAGUUAGCCAGCAACAGCAGCUCUGGCUCCUCAGUGCAUCUCGGCCAUCGCGUGGAGAUCAGUGCCUUGAGGUUGGGACUUGACAGCCAAGGGGCAGCGCUGGGCCUGAAAACCACAGCGGGCUGCCAAGGAUGAAAGCAGCUGUGAAGGACCACGUUCCACAGGACUCCUCGCUGCUGCGGGAGGGGCUCAUUUCCCCGAGUCUCCCCUGCUGAAAGCACUUUCCUGCGUUGAAUUGUCAUUUCCUGUAUGAUUGUUUUGCUGGUGAAGAGCAGCUGGGCACCCCUGCCGUGGGUGGAGCUGCGCACCGGGCCUCUGAGUGCAGUUGAGCCGGGAGGAUUCAGGUGGAGCUUCCCAGUGCUUCUCAUCCCUGCUGCUGCCGCUGCCUGGUGCUUGCUGAGCUCUGGGAGGUGGGAAGGGGGAGAAGGGUCUUGUAGGACGGCUGCUCCGGGGCCGUGGGAGCUGCUGUUGAUCUGUAGUGGUGACACAGACAGCAGCGUUCUCUGCCUGCGCCUCCAUGGACGCCUUCAGCCCCUGAAACCCCGGAGCUUUGGGAGCCCUGAGGCAGCUGUGCUGAACGGGGGGAGGGGAGGGAGCGCAGGUGACCGAAUGCCGCCUUCAGCAGGGGGAGGAAAACUUGCCUUACUGCAAGGAGUGAAGGAGAGAGAUGGUGGCUGCUCAGGAAUGGCAGAGCUGCCUGCCGGUGUCCCCGGUGCUGCGGCCACAUUGCAGGAAGAGAGGAUGGGAAACAAACUGCGGUGCUGGAAGGCGCCCGGCCCUGAGCCCACACAGCUGCACAGCGGGGCUGGGGCUGCCUGGGGGGGGUGUGGGGUUCGUGGGCCGCAGAGCAGAAAGCAGAGCGGUGACACGAGGACACAGAUGGUAAAAAGCCUCUUAACAGCGGCGUUUGGUUGUGUUCUGUUGCAAAGGCUCUGGGUUGUACUGAAGAAGCCUAUUUUCUUAUAUCUGAUGUAGAAACUCUAUUUUCUUCCAAAGACACUAUUUUUGCAGCUGUUUGAAGUUUGUAUUUUAUGUAUGUAUUGCAAAGCUUAAAGGAGGAAAGUUAGAUUUGGAGUUGUGUUUAGAGGGGUUUUUGCAGAUGCUGGUGUUGACAGUUACAUGGAGAAAAUAAACUAUUUCGUGCAUCCGA